CUUUCUCCCUAUUUCCAAAUUCUUGAUUUUUAUGCAAUCCAGAUCGGAGUAUUAACGAGGGUUUUUUUUGGGGGUAGUCAAACAUGUCGUGUUCUCGCGGUUUUGGUUGUUGUUGCGGCAGUUUCAUCGUCAUCUUUGCAGGUAUUAUAGCUUUAAUCGUGUGGUCAGCUGUUCGCGGGUAUCGACUGCCCGCUUGCUCAGUCGAAGAUUUCUAUGUCCCCUACCUUAAUGUGACCGACAAUUCAACCUCUGCCCGAACCAACCACUCUCUCUACUUCGAUCUCAGGCUCAAAAAUAGGGAGCCCUUAAUUGGGGUGAGCUACGAUGAUGUUAAAGUCACCUUUUUCAUCGGUCUAAAUAAUAGCAUGACUCCCAUUGGAUACUACAGUUGCCCCCAGUUCUACCAGGGUUUUGGCAAAAAAGCUCGCCGGAAGGCGUUUGUGGAGACUUACGGCGUCCCAUGGGAGGCAGCUUAUGCCAACGUCUCGAAUGGGUCAACGGUGACUUUCCGAGUAGGGCUAUCCACGUGGGCGACAUACGAAUCUUGUUCUGAUGACGGUGGUUGUUUUCAUCAUACGUAUGCUCUCGUCGAAGGGGCUAACAUUGACGUUGAUGGGUCUGGUCGGAAAGUCAACAAGCAGAGCAUUCGGCUCCAGUCCGCUGCGCCACAGCAUGCUGGCCGUCCUGUGUUUCUUGGGCUUCCGGUUGUGCUUUAUUUUUUAGUUUUAUAUUACGUGUGAAUAAUGGAUAUAAAUAUACCCACAUCAUAAGACCUCCUUUCACUACUUGUGGUGUAAAUUUGUAAAUAUUUUAAAAUAAUGUAUGAGGAGGUAUAUAGGUGCGUGCUUCUAACCCUUAGUUCGUGGGAAAUUGUUAGCUUGUAAAUUAAGGUUUGUGUGUAUGUUCUGGUGUAUUUUCAACAUCAUGAGCC